GGAAAAGGCAUUUAAGAACAGCAGGUCCAUCCUAUCCAUGCUGCCUGCUUUCCAUCUGCUUGUUAGGUGGGAAUUUGAGGGGGGUGAAACACAUCCCUGCUACAGGGAGAUGGCCCUGGCUGGCAAGGAAUGUAAAUAUCCAAGGAGAUGACUACCAGCAAGGCAAGACUCGUCAGCAGAAAUAAUCUCCUGCUUAGCCAAGAGGGACAUCUGAACAACCACAACGUGCUUUUGGCACAGGAAUACUUUGUGCAGGUUACUUCUGCUCACCUACAGCAAGUUAUUCCUAAUUUCCAGGGAUUUGGAUUCAUCCACCCGUGGUCAGGAUGUUGCUGGGCCUCACAAAGCAAGCAUGGAGCCAAACAAAAUCAGGUUUUAGACACAGCUGAUCCCGGCUGAGAGAUGCUGGCAAGCUAAAAUGCCAGUGAUUGCUCUGGAUAAGUGAAACACUCAGGAAAAUUGAGCUGGAGGUGUGACACCAAUUAUUUUAGGAGGUUUUAAUGCUGCUGGCAUAACAGCUCUCAUUUCCACUCACAGCACCUCCCACUCGUCUUUCAAACAUCCUCUGAUGUUUAAAAACAGGCUCUCUGCACCUCAGAACACCUCUCUCCCCUCACCUGCAGGGUUUUUAUGCAGCUGUUUUUAUCUCCUCUUUUGCACCUCCUCCUCUGCAUGCAGAGAUUCCUCUUGGGCAGCCAGGUGUUGCCCUCUGGAGCGCUCUUCUUCCCAGCUAUCCCAGAAACAAGGCCCCUUUUUGAACUCAGAAAUCCUCCUGGCCUGGCAACCUCAGAGCCGGGCGUGGGUCAGAAAAUUAAGAAGUGGCUUCUUCUCCCUCCCUCAGCACCUCGUGUGUCCAGACCAGCCCUUCUAAUUUGGUGCUCCAUGGUGGGGAGGAGGAACCAAGGCUGCCCCGGGGAGCCGGAGCACGGAGGAAAAUCCCUCUGGAGCCAUUCCCGGGGCUCUAGCGCAGCCUUCUGCUGAGCAGGAAUCGCAGGGAGCAGUUAAUGAGUAACUGCAGAGCUCCUGCAUGGCAGGCACUCCCCACCAACAGGUCGCACUCGUUUGUGAAUCACCCCGGGCUGAGGCAUCGCGCGUUCUCCGACGCCGCUCGGCAAAGUUCAACUCCCCAGCGAGGAAGGGCUGCAAAAAGUGGGAAGAAGCAGCAGGACUGCCAGGCUGGAGAUAAAAAGUGCUUUUAUUUCACUCCUGACUCCUCUGGAAGCUUCAGCUGUGCAGAGAUAAGGGCUGUCAGCACAAGUUUACGCUUCCCCUCACGCACGACAGCGCUGCCCAUCAGCACGAACCCUUUAGUCCGGAGCACACGAGCCCCAGCUGGACUAAAGUCCAGCAGAAAACAACUGCACAAGGAAGAGAAACUCCCUUCAAGGUGUGGGAAGUGGAAAGUGAAAGCUGCAUAAGCCUCUGGAGAGCCUGGGUGGGCAGGCUGGGAACAAGGUAAAAUGCCACAGUACCGCCGUAAAACACACGUUUUACUUCCCUUGGCUCAUCUGCACCCAAAAGAAAGCUGGAGGCUCUCCAAGGGCAGGGAGAGCAGCACCACGGCUUCAGCUGCACCACGGUUUGAUUCCCAAGGUAGACAAGCUCUCAUCUUACUGCACAGCUUUAAAAAAAAAUCACUUAAUUAGGCCGUAAGGCCAAGGCCCAGCAGCUGGGCUGAACUCGCCUGCUAUUGUGCAAGCGUGCCUAAAAUAGGAACCCAAAGAGCAGGGAAUUUGCAACAAAGCUGAAGUGUUUGGACACGUGCCUGGGGAGGGCAGGAAGGAAAGCAGAGGGCGAUGCGCGGGCAGCAGCUUCUGUGAGCCCGGAGUGGGCAGUGAGGGAUGAGCGAGCACCAGGAAUGCAGAGAUCAGCGAGGAGCUGCCCACAAACUUCACGUUUUACAGCUAUUUUCUGCCAGCUAGGCAGCAAAAGGCAGCUGACCCUCUUGACACAAGCCCUGGAAAGGAUCAGGAGAUGGGGAUUUAAUUCAGAACCUCUUGGAGCCACCAUAAGGGUGUCCAGCCACAAAGCUUGUGCUCACAAGUGAACGAUUGGCUCGACCUGCAGGGUGCCAUGAGCAGAUCCCAAUUGCUGCCCUUCCAGCCACGGCUUCCUCAAGUGCCAGGGAUGUGUGAUGUUGUUUUUCACGGCUUCAGAUGCCCCCAGCCCGGAGCAACUCCACAUCUGGACCAAACGGCACAGCCAGGAAUAUUAAAACUAUUUUCAAAUGCAGCUUUAAUGCAAAUACAAAGCUGCCGCCGUGCUGCUGAAAGGUUUGGAUAGAACAGGUUUGUGCAAGGAAUUCUGUUUUUUUCUUUUCUUUCUCUUCCCACAGAUUAAAGAAACAAAAUGAGAGGCCUCUCUAGACGAGAUCAAGGAAAAAGAGCUCAACCUAGAAUCAUCUGGAACUUAACACAGUUGUCAAAAUAUCACAGUAUUGCCCCAAAUAUAACCAGUCCUGCAGACGGAUGGUGCUGCCACUGCCUGGAAGAUGCACUGAGAAAAACCUUGAGGAUUUAAUUUUGAUGAUCUCUGGAAAGGAUGGAAGUUUCCAGCUCUGUCUGAAGCUGGAAUCAAAGUUUUGCAGGCAGCAGGUUACUAGAUAAAGGAAGGAAGUUAAUCAUCUCUCAUUAACUGGUUACAAUAAGUAACAGAGCAGCCAGAGAUAUUUUUAACAGGACCAAAGCAGCUUAUUUUACAGAAAGCUUAAAAGAACAUCGUGAACAAAGUCUCCUGAAAAGGCAGGAUUUGAGGAGGAUGAAGCACUGAACCAGCAGCUCCAGCAAGGAGGGACAGCCCCGGUGCUGUGGCAGGGGAGAUGCAGGGGCUGGGAGGGUGAGGAGGCUUCUGCGGCUUCCAGAGCGUGGCAGGGGGUGUCAGGGGGACACUGUCACCCCAGCACAGAGCCAGCACCUGCGUCCAGCCCCUGACAGGGAACACGCUGUCCCACAGGCUGGGAUUUCAUUUCAAACCCGACCAACGAGGCUCCAGGAAGCAGCAGUCAAAAAUUCCUCUCAACCAGCAGCUGGGGACUGGGGAAUUUUCCUUGAUUAAAAAAAAAAAGGUAAGACAAAAACCUUCAGCCCUGAGAGGAGGGCACAGAACCUUCCACAAGGAUCAGAUGAGCUGCAAAGAGCUGUCACAGGGAAUCCACAGUGGGACAUGUGUCAAUCCUUGUUAAGUGAGCCUGACAGGGGAGUUACUGCCUGGCAAUCGCCUUCAACCUUUUUGUGUUUGAACAGUGAAUAAAGAGUGAGCACAGCCCUGUUCUGCCAGAUACCAGGAAAGCUUUAAUGUGCACAAAGCAGCUGAAGGGAGAUGACAAGAAAGACGGAGGCCGACUUUUUACCAGGGCCCAAAGUGACAGGAGAACAGAGAAUGGCUUCAAGCUGACAGAGAUUAGACUGGAUAUUGGACAUUAGGAAAUUCUUCACCAUGAGGGUGCUGAGGCCCCGGCACAGGGUGCCCAGAGCAGCUGUGGCUGCCCCUGCAUCCCUGGAAGUGUCCAAGGCCAGGGUGGACAGGGCUUGGAGCAACCUGGGAUAGUGGAAGGUGUCCCUGCCCGUGGCAGAGGGUGGGAUUGGAUGAGCUUUAAUUUCCCUUCUAACCCAAACCGUUCUGUGAUUCUAGGAAUGUUUACUUCCUCAAAGCCAAAGCAACAAAUCCCGUGUCCAGGAACAGCAAUCUAUUCCAUCUCCAAGAACGAACAUCAGAGGAACAGGAUCAUCCCAACUCCUCCCAUUCCUGAGAGUCAAAAGACCAUGUCAAAAUGAAAGUGAGGAAGAAGACAAAGACUUUUUUCACUCUGAUUCCUCAAAAGACUCAGCUUCAUCAACAAACAACUUCUGUUUGGCUCAGCCCUGAAAUCCAAGGUCAGGAAAACACUCCUUGCUGCGGCUCACAUGGCAGGCAAGCAGCGGAGGCGAGGCUGAGCUGCAGACGGGAGCGCAAGGCCAGACCCUGAUUCCCACAGCACUGCACAGGCAGCACGGCCCAGAGACCGCGCCAGGCCAGCUCCCUGCAUCAGUGACCCCAAUUUCCAGAGGUUAAUCCCAGAGAGGAGAAACCCAGCGAACACAGACCAAGCCCUCAGUGACCUUAACAGCAAUCCUCUGCUUUGAGCCACGAAAUCCACAGCUUUGCCAUGGGAACGCACUUUAAAGUGCUGAAGCGCCUUAAAAACAAACCCAGAGAGACACAGCAGACAAGCGGCGCACCGCGCAGCACGGCCGAGAGAGCCCCAGCGAUGGAUUAUUGUGAAUAAACCCUCAGAGCAGGCAUUCCCAGCUGUGCGGGAGAGCCCCCCGAGUGUUCCCCCUCUCCUGCGUGGUGCAGAACUAUUCCUGGGGGAAGGUGGGCCUGGAGAGCGAGGUGGCCAAGCUGCUGGCCAGCGGUGACCCCCUGGUCCAGAUCCAGCCUGACCAGCCCUACGCUGAGCUGUGGAUGGGCACACACCCCCGGGGCGAUGCCCUCAUCCGGGAUAACCGCAUCCCCCAAAAGACCCUGGGCCAGUGGAUCGCCGACAACCCCGCCUGCCUGGGGGCCAAGGUGAAGGACACCUUCCAGGGACACCUGCCCUUCCUGUUCAAGGUGCUGUCUGUCAACACCGCCCUGUCCGUCCAGGCACACCCCAACAAGGAGCUGGCAGCGAAGCUCCACACCCAGUUCCCUGAGCACUAUCCCGAUGCCAACCACAAGCCCGAAAUGGCCAUCGCCCUCACCCCCUUCGAGGGCAUGUGUGGCUUCCGGCCUGUGGAGGAGAUUGUCUCCUUCCUCCAGAAUGUCCCCGAGCUUCGGGCACUGAUCGGGGAGGUGGCAGCGGAGCAGCUGGAGCGCAGCGGCAGCGACGACCCCCGCGGGGUCUCGGCCGCCCUCCGCGUGUGCUUCACCCGCCUGAUGAAGAGCGAGAAGAAGUUCUUCGUGGACCAGCUGAACAUGCUGGUGAAGAGGAUCUCCCAGGAAGCGGCGGAAGGGAAGGACACGUCGGGGAGCAACGGGGAGCUGCUGCUGCGGCUGCACUCCCAGUACCCGGGGGACAUCGGCUGCUUCACCAUUUAUUUCCUGAACCUGGUGAGGCUGGAGCCAGGGGAGGCCAUGUUCCUGGGAGCCAACGAGCCCCACGCCUACCUGCACGGAGACUGCGUGGAGGUCAUGGCGUGCUCGGACAACACGGUGCGCGCCGGGCUCACGCCCAAGUUCAUCGAUGUGCUCACCUUGUGCGAGAUGCUCAACUACACACCAGCACCCAGCAGCUCCAAGAUCCUCCCGGCGGCGCAGAGCCAGCUCGAUCCCCACGUCUACCUCUACGACCCACCCGUGCCAGACUUCACCAUCAUGAGGAUAGAGAUCCCUGCCUCCAUCAAGCUGUACCUCAUCUCUGCCAUGGACUCUGCCAGCAUUUUACUGGUGAUCCGGGGCACAGCCGUGGGCACCUCCACAGCCGCAGCCUCCGAGAUGUCCCUGCACCGUGGCUCCGUGCUCUUCGUCUCGGCCAACGAGAGCAUCUCCCUCCACCUCUCCUCGCCCGACGGGAUGCUGCUGUUCCGAGCCUGCUGCCUCCUCUGAGCAGCACCUGGGACGCUUCCUCCACAACACUCCAUGUUUGAGUAGAUAGGAACUGGUGUGGGCAAAGUCUUCUCGCUUCAAAGUUCUCCCUCCGGCUAUCAAAGCCCCAAACCAGCCCUGAUGUAUAGAAAGAGCAGUUCCGUGGAUCGACUCCUCGGAUGUGGUGCAGACCACAGGCUUUCUGCUGCUUCUGGUGGGCUCUUCCCAAGCUUGGCUGAUGGCAGGCAGCGUCCCCUUCCCUGGCUGUAAAAGGGGGCUGCCUGGGGGAUGAUGGAGCGGGAGAGCCUCUGCUGCUGUGAAUAAAGAGGUGACUUUGUCCCUGGCGAA